AUGGCUUCCAAUCCCAAACAUCUAUCUGGCUAUCAGAAAAGAAAGAGAAAGCAAAAGGAAGAAGCAUUAAUUCAAAGUCAAGCAGGAGAUAUUGAUAAAUAUUUUUCUAGUAACAAGAGAAUGAUGGUAGAAGAAACAAUUGAUAAUCCAACGAAUGUGGAACAAGAGAAUGAAAGCAACAUUCAUGUUGAAGAACUUGAUCAAUCUUUGGAUAUAGAAUUGAUUCAAACCCUCAAUGUAAAUGAAUCGAAUGAUGAAGAUGAUGUGGAUGUGGUUAAUAAUCAAUCUGAAAAUCAAGAGACUUUGUUUCCACUUAAUGUUGAUGAUCCAGCAAAUUGGGAUAAGAUUGAUCAAAAUAUUCGGGAUUUUUUAGUUGAAAGGGGUUCAAGUAGAGUUGAUGGUGUUUUGUUUCCUAAGGACAAUAAUGGUAGGCAUUUUGAUGCAUCACAUUACAAGAGAUUACUACCUAAUGGCGAAAAAAAAGAUAGAAAGUGGCUUGUGUAUUCAAUUUCUUCCGACAAAGUAUUUUGCUUCUGUUGCAAAUUAUUCAAAACUCAAAGUACCAUGUACAAAAUUGGUCAAUUGGCUAAUGAAGGGUACAAAGAUUGGCAUAACUUGAGUCGUAGUCUGAAAAAUCAUGAAGCAAGUAAGGAACAUAUUGAUUGUAUGAUUAAUUGGAUUGAAUUGGAGAAAAGGUUGGAAAAAAAUAAGACAAUUGAUGAUAGUAUACAAGUAGAAAUCAACAAAGAGAAGGAGCAUUGGAGACAACUAUUAAAGAGGAUAAUUGCUAUUGUGCAUAGAUUGGCAAAAAACAACUUGGCAUUUCGAGGAGAUUAUGAGAAAAUUUAUGCUGAAAACAAUGGCAAUUUUUUGCAAAUGAUUGAAAUGAUAGCAGAGUUUGAUCCAAUAAUGAAAGAACACAUUCGUCGGAUACAAUCAAGUGAAACUCAUUAUACAUAUCUUGGUCCUAAAAUCCAAAAUGAGUUGAUACAGAUGCUGGCACAUGAAGUGAAAAAAUCAAUCAUUGCAAAAGUUAAAAAGGCCAAAUAUUAUGCAGUUAUACUAGAUUGUACUCCAGAUGCAGGUCAUGAGGAACAAAUGUCCCUUGUAAUACGUUGUGUGGAUGAUUCAGCAACCUCUGCAGUGAUAGAAGAAUAUUGGGUUGAAUUUUUGAAGGUAGAUGAUACAUCAGGACUUGGACUUUUUACUGAGUUAAAAACUGUGUUGAAAAAUCUUGGACUUAAUCUUGAUGAUAUAAGAGGCCAAGGAUAUGACAACGGAUCAAAUAUGAAAGGAAAACAUAAUGGAGUGCAGAGAAGAUUAUUAGAUAUUAACCCUAGAGCUUUCUAUACUCCUUGUGGAUGUCACAGCCUAAAUUUGGCAUUAUGUGAUAUUGCGAAUUGUUGUCCUCAAGCUAUGUCAUUUUUUGGAGUAAUACAACGGAUAUAUAAAUUGUUCUCAUCUUCUACCAAGCGAUGGAAAAUUUUCAAACAUCACGUGGAAGGUUUAACACUUAAGCCAUUGUCACAAACCCGUUGGGAAAGUCACGUUGAAAGUGUGAGACCAAUAAAAGAACAAAUUUCAAAGAUAAGAGAUGCUUUACUUGACUUAGCAGACAUGGGUGAUGAUCCAACAGGAAAGAGUGAGGCUGAGUCUUUAGCAACACAUGAUCUUGAAAAUUUUGAAUUCUUGGUUGGUUUGGUAAUUUGGUAUAAGUUGUUGCAUUCAGUAAAUAUUGUAAGCAAGAUUCUCCAAGCUGAAGAUGUAGAUAUUGAUGUUGCUAUUAAACAUAUAAAGGGUCUUAUGUUGAAUUUUGAAGAAUAUAGAGAACAUGGAUUUGAAAAGGCUGUUAAUGAAGCUAAACAAAUGGCAAAUGAAUUGGGAAUUGAAGCUUCAUUCAAGGAAAAACGUAUUAUUAGAAGAAAAAAACAGUUUGAUGAAACUAUUACAAAUGAGGUAACACAAUCAGCGGAGGAAUCUUUCAGAGUUAACUACUUUCUCUUUUUGAUUGAUCAAGGGUAUUCUUCUCUACAAAGCCGGUUUGAACAAUUUAAAAAAUAUGAAGAAACUUUUGGGUUUUUAUUCAGUUUGGAGAAAUUAAAGUGUGUUGAUGAUGAUAAUUUGUUAAGAUCUUGUGAAAAUCUUGAACAAUGUUUAAAGCAUAAUGACAAUUCUGAUAUUGAUGGACAUGAGUUAUUCAUGGAGUUAACUCUUUUGAAGUAUUCUUUACCAACAGAAGCAAAAAGAGCAAUAGACGUGUUGAAUCAUCUCAAAGAUGUGGAUGGUUGUUAUCCGAAUGCUUAUAUUGCUUACAGAAUUUUGUUGACUAUACCAGUUACAGUUGCAACUGCCGAAAGAAGUUUCUCGAAGUUGAAAUUGAUCAAAAAUUAUCUUCGAUCAACUAUGUCACAAGAAAGAUUGAACGGGCUGGCCAUGCUGUCAAUUGAGAAGAAAAUUGUGGAAUAUCUUGAUUACUCAUGCUUAAUUGAUAUUUUUGCAUCAAAAACGACAAGACGUGUUAUAUUUAAGUGA